AUGGCCUGUGCACAAACAACAGUCGUGGUUGAAGAGAAGAAGGGGCGCUUGUCUAUACCAGACAAGCUCUUGAAUGGAUUGGACUCCGAAUGGGUAGAACUAUGGGAGAAGCAUGGCAGCUCCAUGGUGAGAGCUGACGAGCUAUCCCUUGAAGAAUAUCGCAAGAGUCCCGCCACAUACAGCUUCACGUACCCAACAUGUCCUGGUCCAUCCGUUUUCCAUGUUGAGGACAUAGAGAUCCCAGUCUCUCAGCCAGCUGGAAAGAUCAUGAUCAGGGUCUAUACACCGGAAGGCCCAGGGCCUUUCCCUGUUCAUUUGAACUUCCAUGGAGGUGGUUGGGUCCUUGGCAAUCUCAACUCUGAAGCUGCUUGGUGCCGACACAUGUGCAACAAAGCCCAAAUUAAAGUGAUUGAUGUCGACUACCGACUGGCUCCGGAGUUCCCAUAUCCUACCAGCAUCUACGAUUCAUGGGAUGCUGUGAAAUGGACAAUCGCCAAUGCUUCUAGUAUCAAUGUUGAUUCAUCGAGUGUUUCUAUUGGAGGUCUUUCAGCUGGAGGUCAAAUGACUGCAGUAAUGGCGCAUUUCGCCCGCGACGAGGGCAUUGAUCUGAAACUUCAGUUGAUCAUAGUUCCAGCAACAGACAUGCGCUACUGUAUAAGAACCCGGGAGCUGAACGAGGCCACCUGUCCAUAUGAAAGUGUCUUGCUAUACCAUGAUGCCCCGUGGGGACCACUGGGCAGAGAGCAAUGGUUCCUAAAGUAUUGGCUCGGUGAUGAUGAUGCUACCCAAGAAAGAAUCUUGACAAAAGAUUGGAUCUGCACACCUGUACUUGCUCCUUCAUUCAAAAGCCUCGCGAAGGCACACAUCAUCACAGCAGAGUUUGAUCUUGAGAGAGACGAAGGAGAGUAUUAUGGUCAGCUCAUGCAAAGGGCCGGAAACGAUGUCACAAUGAAGAGAUACCCCGGCGUACCACAUGCAUUCGGGCACUUCAAUCACCCUGAAAGGGGACUCUCGCAGAGCUUUGUAUAUAUCGAAGAUACCAGUCGAAUCCUUCGGCAGGUGCACUUUGGCAAGAGUGAAGAGUAA